AUGGGUGGUCCACCUCAAACGGUCCCAUGUCAAUAUAAGACCGGAAAGACUCUUGGAAGCGCCAUUGUCAAGGAAUGUGUACACAUAACCACAGGGAAGUAUUACGCCUGCAAAGUUUUAAACAAGAAGUUUCUUACCGGUCGUGAACAUAUGGUGCGGAAUGAGAUAGCUGUUUUAAAGCGAGUGUCCGCGGGACAUAAGAACAUCGUUCAGCUCCAUGAUUUCUUUGAAACCACUCAUAACCUUUAUCUCGUCUUCGAUUUAUGUACAGGCGGCGAAUUGUUCGACCGAAUCUGUGCCCGAGGGAGUUAUUUCGAGAAGGACGCAGCCCAGAUCGUUCGGACCGUCACGUCUGCGGUCAAGUAUUUGCAUGAUCAAGGAAUCGUCCAUAGAGCAGAUUUGAAGCCUGAGAACAUACUGUUCCGAUCGAAGGCCGAGGAUGCGGAACUUAUGCUUGCUGAUUUUGGGCUGUCCAAAGUGCUCGAUGAUGAGAAUUUCUCCAUAUUGACCACGACAUGCGGAACACCAGGAUACAUGGCGCCGGAGAUCUUUCGUAAAUCCGGUCAUGGAAAGCCUGUCGACAUUUGGGCCAUUGGUGUCAUUGCAUACUUCCUGCUCUGCGGCUACACCCCUUUCGACAGAGAGUCCCAGUACGAAGAGAUGCAGGCGAUCUGUAACGGAGAUUACAAAUUCGAACCGGUGGAAUAUUGGGCAGGUGUGUCAGAAACCGCUCGGUCGUUUGUCCGAGCGUGUCUGACAGUCGAUCCCACCAACCGUCCCACCGCCGCUCAACUUCUGGCCCACAAAUGGCUCCAGACCGAGGACACACAUUACCUUCAAGAUUCUGCCAGGGCAGACUCAGCAGCUGUGGACCUGCUGCCCAACGUCAAAGCCGGAUUCGAUGCUAAGAAGACUUUCCGACGCGCUGUUUUGGGUAUGAUGGCCGUGCACCGGUUUCAAGAUCAACACGCUCAACAUCAAUCGCUCGGGGCGGCGCAGAGUGCGGCGGAGAAGGAGAAAUUAGUGGAAGAAGUGGAAAGAUACAAGAGAGAAGCAGAACGAGAAGACGUCAAGGAUGUAUUGGCGGCAUGAAUUACUCGAUCGAUAUUGUGGGAGCUACGAGCUGUCCAUACGAUGCAGCCAUCGUUGUGGAGGAGUCAUGUGACGAGGUGACUAUGGAUGUAGAUGACAAUGUUUGUGUCACACCAGCGCAUGUAUACAAUUUCAACAUG